AUUAAUUGCUCUAAACGUCUCUGCAAACAUUCUACCAUGUUAUAUAUUAACAUAAAAUACGCUCAGUUAUUGUAAAAAUGCCGAUUCCAUGCCAUUUGUUCUAUAUUUCAAUCGUAUCGAGGUAGAGUGCAUCAAACUAUUUUAUGUUAGAUCCAUCCGCAACCCGGAAGUGCAUGAUUCGGUUAUGAAAAUUGAAAAUCUUGGAAUUUUAUCCGUUUUCAAGCAAAAGGAAUGGCUUUUAUGAUAUGGACCCAUCUCCCAAUGAGCAGAAUGUCUUACUAGAGUCAAUGGCAAAGAGAGGAGGUGUUCAACAAACUACCAACUACCAGUCCCUGAAUGGGCGAACUUCCAACUGUUCUAGCACUAGUAGUGAUGAAGAUAUGAUUGACAUUGCAGCUGAGACACCUGGGGACUAUUCCCACUUGUCUGAUCAUUCUCAAGGGUCUACAAAUCUUAUGGACACACAAGAUGAUCUUCCCCCAGGUAUUGGUCAGUACGAUGAUUUCCACACAAUUGAUUGGCUUCGGGACAUUGCCAGGGAACGUAUGAGACAUCGUCAACUCGUGAAGAAGAGUAAAGAAGGUCUAUGGCAGAAAAUUAAAAGUGCCCAUGAUGCCUGGUCUGGCUGGCUUUGUGUGGUGUUAGUUGGAUGUGCUGCAGGUGUUAGUGCAGCCAUCAUAGAUGUAGGAGCGACAUGGAUGUCUGACAUUAAGAAUGGGAUUUGUCUUGGUAGAUUCUGGUUUAACAGAGAGCAGUGUUGCUGGGCUGCUAAUGAUACAUUUGUUACUAAGGAAGAUGAAGGAUGCAAACAGUGGUUUACUUGGCCAGAGCUAUUUGGUGACUUCAACGAGCCAAUGGGAGGCGAGUAUGUGAUCAGCUACGUCAUGUAUGUUGUCUGGUCCAUGGUGUUUGCAACCCUAGCAGUGAUGCUUGUGCGAGUGUUUGCACCAUAUGCUUGUGGCUCUGGGAUUCCUGAGAUCAAGACAAUACUGAGUGGGUUUAUCAUCAGGGGUUACCUUGGGAAGUGGACACUGUUGAUCAAGUCAGUCACUAUGAUGUUAGCUGUGUCAGCAGGACUGAGUCUUGGCAAAGAAGGACCUCUUGUCCAUGUGGCUGCAUGCUGUGGAAAUAUAUUCUCUUAUAUGUUUCCGAAAUAUGGACGCAAUGAAGCGAAGAAAAGAGAGAUCCUAUCAGCCGCAGCAGCUGCUGGAGUCAGUGUGGCUUUUGGGGCACCAAUAGGUGGCGUGUUGUUCAGCUUAGAAGAGGUCAGCUACUAUUUUCCAUUAAAAACGCUGUGGCGGUCUUUCUUCUGUGCGCUGGCAGCAGCAUUUAUCCUUCGCUCCAUCAAUCCAUUCGGCAACGAUCAUCUGGUGAUGUUCUACGUCCAGUACACCAACCCUUGGUACCUCAUUGAACUCAUUCCUUUCACCCUGCUAGGCAUAUUAGGGGGUGUGUUUGGUGCUCUAUUUAUAAAGUUUAAUAUUAAAUGGUGUAAGAUCAGAAAAAGCACAAUUCUAGGAAAAUACCCCAUAAUUGAGGUAUUAGGGGUAACUCUAGUCACAGCUCUGAUUGCAUAUCCUAACCCAUAUACAAGGAUGAACACUAGUGAGCUGAUCAGAUUGUUGGUAAGACAAUGUGGACAUGAGGAUGAGAAUGAUUUAUGUGAUUAUCAAAGGAAUGUGACAAACAUAAAUGUUGAUCUGGAGAGUGUAUUUGCUGGGCCAGGAAUUAGGACGGCACUUUGGCAGCUCACACUUGCCCUUAUAUUUAAAAUGGUCAUUACAGUCUUCACAUUUGGAAUAAAGGUGCCAGCAGGGCUGUUUAUCCCCAGUAUGGCAGUUGGUGCCAUAGCAGGUAGAAUGAUAGGAAUAGGAGUUGAACAGCUUGUUGUCACACAUAGGCUGGCACCAGUAUUCAAGGACAUGUGUAAAACUGGGCAAACCUGUGUUACCCCUGGACUGUAUGCUAUGGUUGGGGCUGCAGCUGCAUUAGGUGGCGUCACUAGGAUGACAGUGUCACUUGUGGUGAUAAUGUUUGAGCUGACUGGUGGCCUCCAAUAUAUAGUCCCACUCAUGGUGGCAGCCAUGGCCAGCAAGUGGAUUGGAGAUGCUAUGGGGAAGAGGGGCAUCUAUGAUGCCCAUAUAGAUCUGAAUGGGUACCCAUUCCUUGACAGCAAGGAUGAAUUCACUCACACUUCAAUAGCUGCAGAUGUCAUGAGACCAAGGCGGAAUGACCCUCCAUUAUGUGUGUUGACACAGGAUAGUAUGGUAGUUGAAGAUGUAGAGGCUAUCCUUCGUGAUACAGAAUACAAUUCUUUCCCAGUAGUUGUUUCAAAAGAGUCGCAGUAUUUAGUGGGAUUGGUCCUCAGAAAAGAUUUAUCACUAGCACUUGCAAGUGCUCGUCAAACUCCAGAUGGCGUAGUUAGCAACAGUGUGUUAUACUUUACAAACAGUGUCCCCGUAACAACCGUUGUAGGAGGCCCUUCACCCCUUAAACUCAGGAAAAUACUAGAUUUGGCACCUAUCACUAUAACUGAUCAGACUCCUGUAGAAACUGUUGUAGAAAUGUUUAGAAAGUUAGGUCUCCGUCAAACACUUGUUACUCACAAUGGGAGACUCCUUGGCAUAAUCACGAAAAAAGAUAUUCUUUUACAUUGGAAUGAGCUGGACAGUCAAGACUCUGAGAAUGUAUUUUUUAAGUAAUGAUAAUUACUAUGCUUAAAAGGAGCCUAUAUUUAAUAUUGCUAGUAAAGAUUAUUUAUAUGAGGGAUUUCUUAAACAGUAUACCCUCCAAUUAGGUUGUAUGUUUAUAUGUAUUUUGUUAUAGUAUGUACAGAGAUAUAAUAGGAAUUCUAAUAUGAUAUAUGACGUUACAAUAACUAGAACAAUUGAUUUACUGGUCUAUAUUGAAGUAUGUAUGA